AUGUCUACCGAAACGGUUCAGAUCGUGAUUGACUCGCUGCUUGCGGCAGGUGUCAAGUAUGUCUUCGGUGUUCCCGGAGCCAAAAUCGACUCGGUCUUCAAUGCCCUGAUCGACCACCCGGAAAUCAAACUUGUCGUCACUCGGCACGAGCAGAAUGCAGCCUUCAUUGCGGCAAGUAUCGGGAAGAUUACCGGACGACCGGGCGUGUGCAUCGCAACAUCGGGGCCUGGUACUAGCAACCUCGUGACCGGCCUCAUCACUGCAACCGAUGAAGGUGCCCCUAUGGUGGCAAUUGUUGGUAGCGUCAAGAGAGCACAAGCAGCGAAACGGACGCACCAGAGCUUGCAGGCUAUUGCGCUGCUCCGGCCUGUCACCAAAAAGACAGUGGCAGCCAUUGUUGAAGAUCAAGUCGCUGAGAUCAUGCUCGAUGCUUUUAGGAUAGCGACAGCUCAUCCGCAGGGCGCCACAGCAAUCAGUCUGCCGAUAGAUGUCAUGACUGCUGGCAUGAAAUCAUCAAUUCCUGCUUUUCCAGCCUCAGCAUUCACGCCGCCCGACUAUGGGCCGUCUCCAGAAGCUUCGCUUCAGAGUGCGGCAAGUCUGAUUGAGGCUGCGAAGUUUCCGGUCCUGUUCCUCGGCAUGCGAGCGGCAGACCAAGGAGUAGUCGAUUCUGUGCACAACUUUCUGAGAAACCACCCCAUCCCUGUCGUUGAAACUUUUCAGGCUGCUGGAGCCAUCUCAAAAGAGCUUGUGCAAUUAUUUUAUGGACGUAUCGGUCUCUUCCGCAACCAGCCUGGAGACAAGCUAUUGGCAAAGGCAGACCUGGUCGUCACUAUAGGCUACGAUGAAGCAGAAUAUGACGCGAAUCUCUGGAACAAAGAGAAUCGUUUCAAGAUUAUCCAUAUAGACCACAAUCCUGCUGCGAUUGGGUAUUUCUACGCACCGAAGCUAGAACUUAUCGGGUCAAUGGCCGCCAACCUCAACUUUCUGACCAAUCGUCUGCGGAGAGUAGCCAAACCCCAAGACACCGAUCUUGGAAAGUCUUUAUUCUUAGAAUUUCACUCCUGGGAGUCUCAAUAUGAUCUUGUUGCUAAGCAGGGCGACGCUCCAGUACACCCACUGUACUUCAUCCGACUCUUGCAGAAGAUGAUCGAAGAGCGCACUACUGUUAUUUCUGAUGUUGGCAGCCACUACAUUUGGCUCUCACGAUACUUCUACUCUUAUUUUCCGAAGACUUUUCUUGUCUCCAAUGCGCAACAAACUCUUGGUGUUGCAUUGCCAUGGGCAAUUGGUGCAUCAUUGACACAAGAGCCGUCAUGUUCCAAGAAAGUUGUUAGUGUAAGUGGGGACGGCGGCUUCCUCUUCAGUGGUCAGGAGCUCGUUACUGCAGUACAACAGGGAUGUGAUAUCACCCACUUUAUUUGGAACGAUGGAAAAUACAACAUGGUUGAAUUUCAAGAGAUAGAGAAGUACGGUAGAAGUGCAGGCAUCGACCUCGGAGGGGUGGACUUUGUCAAAUAUGCAGAGGCAUUUGGGGCCAAGGGGCUCCGCGUAAGUCGCUCCGCGGAUAUGGAGAGCGUAAUGCGUGAGGCUCUAGAAUAUAAGGGGGUUUGCGUUGUGGACAUUACCAUAGAUUACUCCCAAAACCACGACUUGAUGACCAACGUAGUGGCGGAGAGCAUUGCUUAA